AUGGCAGAAUUUGAUAAAUCCAAGAGGAGACUCACUGCUCUAAAAGAAUUAGACGAAGUUGACGCAUCAACUACGACCGAUCAACCAAAACAAUCUGUGAACGGAUUUCAGGAAAUUGCGUCGUCGAGUAUUGCUGAAGACAUUGACGAUGUUGAUUUCCCGUAUGAGAACCUCGUUUUGGAAGGCGGUGGCAGCCAGGGAAAUGCUUAUAUUGGCGCCAUAAUGGAGUUGGAGCGACUUAACUUCUUGAGCAAGAUUCGUCGUUUCGCUGGUUCCAGCGUUGGUUCGCUGACAGCUGCUUAUCUCGCCGUAGGCCACGGGACCAGCAAAUUUCUCUCCAUGAUAAAAGAUGGACCUCAAUUCAACGACCUCUUAGACGCACCUUGUGGAAAAUGCAGCCUGGUGCCCAACCUGUUUAGGUACAUGGGAUGGCAUCCCGGAAGAACCGCCUAUCAGUCUUUCGGUGAGAACAUUGCUGAGAAGCUAGGAGACCCAAACGCCACAUUCAAGGACCUUUAUGUUAAGACGGGGAGAGAACUAUGCGUGGUGGUUACCAAUCUUACCACGAUGAUGGAGGAAUAUUGUCACGUCAAAACCACUCCCAACAUGCCAAUAAGGACAGCUGUCAGGAUGUCUAUGUCUGCUCCAGUUGUUUUCGUUCCUGUAAAGCGGCAAUACUUGGGUCGUACCGAUCUCUAUAUCGACGGCGGUGUUUUGUGCAACUAUCCAGUUCACUGUUUCGAUGGGUGGUGGCUUUCUAUGAAACCUGAAGAUGCUCUCCUGAAGAAGAUGCAACCUUUGGAGGAUGCAGCCAAACUCCUCACAAAGAAGGAGAGGUUUGGAAUGUUCAACGACAAAACCUUUGGCAUGAUAAUUUACAGUGAUUACGACUCCCAUGUACUGGCUACCAAUCCAGAUUUAGAAGCCCCCAUUGCACCUAUACCAGAUACAAAACUUGCCAGAGCUCACGAAAAAAUAAAACAGAAGCGAGAUUUGAACUGUAAACAGCAUCGCCUGGUGACAGACGCCAUGACCCAAUUUCUGAAGGUUCUGGAUCAAAAUAGUAUCGGAGAUACUACGAUUAAUAUCAACGCGUUCAAGCAAGUCUUCAACAAUAAUGAGGAGUUUACACCUGACCAAGCUCGCAUUCUGUUCGGAGAAGAUAUGACUGUCGAUGAAAUAUUUGACAGCCUUGAUGCCAACUCCGACGGAGAGAUUGACUUCAAUGAGCUAAUGUCCUUAGCGCAGAAUGAGGGAGUAGGAAUCCAGACUCAUCAUAUUGGAACGGGGCGGCUUGAUAUCAAGAACGUAGCAGAUUAUCUAACUGGAAUCUUCAGCAUGCUACUGCUGAACGUCAAAAGAGCUUUCCUAGAGGGCCAUGACAUUGAGCGUACGGUACUCAUCAACACUGUCUAUGUGAAAUCCAUGGACUUCAGCCCAGAGACAGAGGACCUGGAUUUCUUAGUAGAGCAAGGCCGUCGUGGAGUUCGAACGUUCCUCAAAUACCACAACAAGACUGCGAAGGAAGAAGCUUCAUAA